AUGUAUCAUGCACGAGGGGUAUCUCUUUUAGCUGCCUCAAUCGCCCUAUUACCUUGGCUUCGAAUGCAACAAUUAGAAAACUUUGGCAGUAGUCUUUUAUGGACACUAACUUUAACAAAUUCCUAUUUUUUUGAUGCUUUUGAGAAAAAAAGAAAACGUUCAAUGAAUCAUGAAACUGGUCAAUAUAUGGAUACAGUUAAAGAUAAUUUUCAAGGAUCUUAUCUAACAAGUGAAGAACGAAAAAAAAAUAAUAAUCCAAAAUAA